AAGUCUUUUCAGUAAUGUGAAACAGAUUUUUGUUAAAUCUGAAAGUAAUACAAAAAAAAUAAAUAUCAAAUUUUCAGUAAGAUUUUUAUAUAUUGGUAAAUCAUAAUGUCUCAUACCGCGAAAGACAACAUUAGAAAGGGUUCUACGCAACUUGGUCAUUUAUGCGAACUGAAUGUAAAGAAAACAUCGACGCAACGUCGCCUGGUUUCGAUUAUUGCAACUAUAUCUCGAGCAUCCCGAAAUGUGGAAACUAUUUACAAUAUGCUAAUGAAGGGAGUCAAUAUAUUUCGAUUGAAUUUUGCGCAUGAAUCGCAUGAAGCACACACUGAAACCAUUGAGUUGGUUAACACUGCUCUUCAUCGCAUUAAAACCGAGACUGGACAAUCAAUUUCCGUGGCUUUUGGUGUUGACACUCGGGGUCCGCAAAUUCGCACUGGCUUAUUAGAGGGUGGCAAUGAGAUUUUACUCCGCAAUGGAGAAAGUAUACGGUUAUCCAUAAAUCGAGAUCUUUACGACAAGGGCAGCAGAGAAGCUGUGUAUGUCGACUAUCCAAACAUUAUAAAUAUGGCCAAGCCAGAAGAUCGAGUCUUCGUCGAUGAUGGCAAGCUCUAUUUAACCAUACUUGAGGUGGGCGUGGAUGGUCUUCUCUGUGAGGUUAUUCAAGGCGGCUGGCUCGGCAACAAUUGCAACGUUAUAUUGCCAGAGGUUGAGAUUGAUUUACCAGCUGUCUCUGAAAAAGAUAUGGACGACUUGCAGUUCAGCGUGAGGGCUAAUAUUGACAUCCUCUUUGCAUCGGGCGUGCGAUGUGCCAAGAACAUUAAGGAGUUACGAGCUGUACUCGGUGAUAAGGGCAAACACAUCAAGGUGAUUGCCAAAAUAGACAGUAAAAUUUCAUUGAGUCGUGUACCGGAAAUAAUGAAUGCAGCUGAUGGAUUGCUGUUAAGUCGAGCCGAUCUGGGCACACAAAUACCAAUUGAAAAGCUUUUCAUUACCCAGAAAUCGGUAUUGGGGCAGUGCAACAAGGCUGGCAAACCCGUAAUUGUGGCAUCCAAUGUACUUGAGUCAAUGCGUGUCAAUCCAUAUCCGACCAGAGCAGAGUGUUUUGAUCUGGCCAAUGCUGUUAUUGAUGGCGUCGACUGCAUUUUGCUCUCCUCCGAGGUGGCAAUAGGUCUGUAUCCCAUGGAAACGGUAAGCAUGUGCGAUACUCUCUGCCGUGAAGCUGAAAAGGUUGUUUGGUAUCGCAAUCUUUUCGACGAUCUGGUUCACGAAACACACGGCGAACUCGACGCCUCUCAUUCGGUGGCCAUAACUGCAAUUGAGACAGCCCGACGCACAAAGGCCACAUUGAUCAUUGUACUUACAACAUCUGGACGUUCAGCUGCCCUACUGAGCAAGUUUCGACCACGUUGUCCAGUUCUGGCGGUCACUCGAUGUGAGAGGGCAUCUCGAUGGGUCAAUUUACACUGUGGUGUAUUGCCAUUGCUGUAUACCGCCGACUGUGCGGAGAACUAUUCAAGUGAUGUCGAUGCCAGAGUUAAAUUUGCCCUAACAACUGCUAAGAAGUUGGAAUUAAUAAAUGAUGGCGAUCCCAUUGUUAUUGUGAGUGCUUGGAAGGAUGGCGGAGGUUUCACCAACAAUGUCCGUGUGGUUUACGCAUUCUUCGAGGCUGAUCAAAUGGAUUGCCUCUUCCGUGCAGAUCAGAGUAAUGCUCGAAAGAAUACAGUGCUGCAGGCGGAACCCACAAAAUUGGGUUCUUCAAUUUUAAAAGUAUCAACCAAAGGGUCGGCAAAGUAUGUCUAAUUACCUGAUACGAUUUGUAAUUUCUUCGAGAUUGUGUUGCCUAGAAACCUGCUAAACGGUUGAAUUUCGACCGAAAAUCAAAUUGAAUCCUGCCAGGUGAAAUGUUAUGGAAUAUAAAAAAAGUCAAUAAAAAGUUUUGUAUCAUU